CAUUCGUCAUCGUCAUCGGCCCAGCUCCCCAAGCUCAAUCAUCCCCAUUUCAAUCCAGCUCUCAAUUCCAUUUCCCUCGGCAACCAAUUCGACACUCUCGGGCUUCAAUCGGGGCAGAAAAAGAGAUUUAUGCAUACCAGCUGUCGCGGAUGUUAGCAAAGUGUCGUUGUUGUCCCAAAAUCAGACCAUGUUGUUUUUUUUCUCCCCCCAUCCUCCUCCUCUUUUACCGCGGGAAUUUACAGCUUUGCGGGCACUUCGGUAGCACAUGGGAGGAACUGGACAAACGUACCGGUGACGAACUUAAAGGGCUUGGUAACGCGCUCCUCGUCAGACAUUUUGGCGGUUUAUUGAUUUGUGGUUGUGGUUGAGGGGAGAACAACGACCGGGGGGGGCGUGGGAGUUUUGGUGAGAGGGGUUUGGAAAGUACGCUGUUCGAUAAUGGUUCGGAGAGAUGAUGAGAGCUCUUGGCGGAAUCAAACCCGCUUAGCUAGGUAAACCUUCCAACUUGCCGAAGCUCCCCCCCCCAGAGAAUACCCGAAGAACUCCAAAAGACGUCGUCGACAGCCACACAGUCUACCCUCUCGAGGAACAUCCCCACUCAGUCAUAUCAAAAUGUUUGCUACGCGCUCUCUGCGGAUGUUCCGGGCCACCCCCCGCAUGAUGCGGCCCAUUCCCAAGGAGGAGCAGUCUGCCCACACUGUCUCCCAGCGCCUCAGACGCCUUAAGAACAUCCCCGCCGAGUUGAUUCCCCUUGGUGUCGUCGUCGGCUUCGCCGUCUGCGCGGCUUGCUACUCCAUCACCCGUCACUUGGUCGUUGACAAGACCAUCCGUCUCAAGAGACAAAAUCGCGCUGCCGACAGCCACGCCGCUGCCGGUGAGCACCACUAA